UAUAAAUUAGGGCCAUUCUUUAAAACUUUUUACAGCAAAACAUUCUUUGAAAGAACCUACAGCAAGUUCUCAGUAGCUAAGACCGCAUAAAAAGUAUCAUGGCAAUAGUUUCCCUAUUGUAUUUUGCCAUAAGGCAGAAGUAUUUACUAUCAUAACCGCAACUAAUUAUUGCAAUGUGAAUUCGUGCACGUAUAAAAAAGUAGACGUAAAGGAUCACACAAUGUGCAAGUACACCUCACCAAAUCCAGCGGCAGCUUGUGGACAAGGAUCUUUUGACCUUAGUAAGGCUGAGAAAGAUGAAAUAGUAAGAACGCACAAUCAAUUGAGACAGAAAGUCGCAUCAGGCAAGGAAACCAGAGGAGCUCCAGGUCCACAACCUGCGGCAGUUAGCAUGCCAAGCUUGGUAAGACAUUAAUAAUACAUUAUU